CGCUGAUCAUUUAAAGCCAUUCUCAGACAUAUCCAAUGAGUGUGUGAACACAAUGGCCAAUCAGAGGUGUUUAUGAAUCCGCUCAACAGCGCUCAAAGCAUUACGUUUUUUAAAUUUCAGACUGGUACUGAAGUUGGUACUUAUGACAACUCUAAUAAGUUAUCAUAAACUGUAUUGUACCUUUGUUGUUGUUUUUGUUGUUGUUGUUUUUUUUAGAUCUGAGGAACAGGCCAUCUAGCCAAAGAUGAAGAUGUUACAAGAUUUGUGGACCACAUUCACAGCACAACCAAACAUGUCAGUGGGAGAGGUGUUUGUGGAGGGGAGUGGUCAGCAGCCAGAGAGACCUCACAAAGAUCUGCCAGCAAGGUAGACGAAGAGGGAUUGGAGGUUACGGUUUGUCGGCACGGAGUGCUUCUCUGUGCUUUAAAUAUGUACAGGGGUGAAAUUUUUGCCUAUCCCCUGUACCUUCAAGAAAAGUUGGCCAGUAGGCAAGUCACUUUUUUUUGUAUGGAUGUGACCUGCAAAUAUUGGCCCUACCUGCAAAGAGUUACAAAAAGCUGCCCAGAGCUCCAGCACCUCCUUAACAUGAGGCCAUUCCUUUCGGUAUUUCAUGCCAAAGCCCAUGAUUUUAAAUGUGAGGUGAAAUGGAGUGGGUCGUAUAAGGAUUGGGCUGGACUAACACUAGGGGAGGAGGUGGAACAGUGCAAUGCCUUCCUCUCUAGGAUUGCAGUGACAACAAAACAUAUGUCAAAAGCAGGACGCACAGACAUGCUGACUCUCAUGGCCAUGCGCUGGAAUCAGCAAAAGUUCCGAAAUAUGGCAGUUUCACUGACUCGCCGAUAUCAGAAGACCAGAAAAGCUCUGCAAAGCCAGUUACAAAACCUAGAGUCCUUGAAAGCCCAAUUGGCAGUGACAGAGAGCCAACCGGAAGACUGGGUCAGUGAUGUAAAGGAGUGGGCAGAUGCAGCAAGAGUAACAACCACAAAUGAUGCUGAUGGCUUGGCCAGCAGAAUUGAGGUCCUAGUAGCGAGUAUCAAGAGACGUUCCCAUCGGCUCUACAAAGAUAUCAAUGGGAACAAAGGUCGUGCCAGAAUCCGCCUCAAGAUCAGGGAGGAGAAGGGCAUCCUGACAUCUGAUGUGGAGAAAUACAACAGAAUGGUUCCAAGCACAGAAAGUCUUUGCAUGGAAACCAUUCUGUCUGGUGAGACAGCUUGGCCAUGGCAGCUACCACACAGUGACUCUGUCGAUCUAAGGACAAAAAGAAGAGCGUUUGACAUCAUCAUGUCAGUAAGAAGACUUGAGGAGGAGCUGAAGAUUCUUGUGGCAGAGAUGGACCACCACUGGAAAUCUCUUUCAACUAGUGCUGAUACCCUCAGAGAGCUGUCCCACAUGUUUGCCAGUGAGACAAUGAGAAAUUCACCAUGUGGCUUAAGUGAAGAGGGUUUGAAAGGUCUGCAGAGCAUCAUCCUGAGAAAGCAACAUAAAGUCAGAGAAAUGAAGGUGCAAGCAAGAGACUGUUACCUGCAAGUUUUGUCUGGAGAAGGCAACAUCAACUUUUUGUACAGUGCUUCAGCUGAUGAGUAUGACAGUGACUGUGAAAUGUCUGAUGACGUACUGUAAUCCACAAGACUGAGACACCUUUCAUCGUUCUGGACAAUGACCUUAACUCUGUAUAUAAAGAAUGUAAUAAAAUCUGCUUUUC